UGUGAUAAUAUGAAAGAGACGCUGAUCAGAGAGUUUUGUCAAUCCGAAUGCUUAUGGAAUCCAAAAGAUAAGAACUAUCGUUGCCAUCGAUGGAAGAAAGUCAUAAUGUCACAAAUCGCGAGGAAAAUGAGUAUCAUCUAUGCUGUCCGAGUCACUGAGAAUGAAUUACUGCGGCAGUGGAAUAUGCUUCGUGACCAGUUUCGACGUGCCAAACGAACGGGCAAAGAUCAGUGGCGAUUUUACGAUCAUUUACUGUUUUUGGAUAGUGUCGAUUUCAAUAAGGAUUCCACCUAUUGGACAGAUAAUAAUACGACAACAGUAACGGCAACAAUAUCAACUCUGCCACUAGCAAGUGCCUUAGAGAGUCUUCAGUCGUCAUCAUCAGUACCGAUCGAGAAUAUGAGUGAAUCGAUAGAGCAUCAAUCAACGCCCGAAAUGGAUAGCCAACGUGAGUCUGACGACAAGAACACAGUGGCAAGUGUAUCGUCGAGCGGUGAAAACAGCACCACGAGCAACAGUAAUUGCUACAGUAUUGAUAGGAAACGACACCUGAACAGUAGUAGCAUUGUGCGUCCAUCGUCUGCAACGAAUCUUGACCUGAUCGAUAUCGAUCUGAUUCCGUCAUCAUCAAAACGAGUCAUCAAUUAUGAUCAUAUCAAUAGCUGUAAUGUAAAUAACACGAAUAAUACCAGCAACAACUCUAAUAAUAGCAGCAAUGGUUGCACUGGUAAUCACUUGAUACCGCAGCAAUUCAUUUUGCCGAAAGUGCAAUCCGACGAUCAAUUCACACACUUCGCGCGAACGAUCGAGUCAAAACUGCGACUCGUCUAUCAGAUGUCACCUGCGGAUGGAAUUCGAUUGCAGAAAAAAAUCAGUGAUCUCAUAUUUGAAAAGGAAAUGGAAUUCAUCGAAAAAAGCACUGCGAUCACAGGCGUUGUGCACAAUUUAUUCUCCUAA